CCAAACGUGUGCAUUUCUUAGACAUGUGGAUCAAACUAGAAGAUGGUAGACUGACCACAACCCUCUAUGGUAAAGAGACUGAUCGCAAUUCGUUCCUUCUGGCAAGCAGCUCGCAUCCCAGUGCCCUAAAAAAUGGCCUGCCUAAGAGUCAAAUCUAUAGACUUAGACGGAUUUGUCAUUCAUUUGAAGAGUUUAAGGAGAAUGCUAUAGAUAUGAAGCAAAGAUUUCUAGCCAGGGGUUAUCCCACUAAAAGUACUGAAGAGGCAUAUAAUAUCGCCCUUUCUACACCACGGCCACACCUUUUGAAAAAGAGUGUUAAAAAGGAUAAAAAGUUUUAUGUCUCCUGCAUAACUACUUUUACUCCAAGAUCCUUUAUAAUUAAAAACACCAUUAUGAAAUAUUUGCAUCUAAUAUCUGAUGAUCCUUCUCUUCAGGAUAAAUUUAGGGAUCCACCUUUGUUUGUGUCCAGACUGGGCCCUAACCUCCGCAAUAAGGUAAUUGAGCAGAUUAAAUUACCUAGAGGUGGCAACAUUGAUAAAGUGCUAUUUCAAAGGGAACUGUACUGGAUUCAUACUUUGGAUGCCUUACAUCCCAAAGGUUUAAAUGUGGACUUCGACAUGAGUGUCAUGCUAUAGUCACAGCUGUACCAUUUUUAUAAGUCUUGAAUACUGUUUUUAUAAGUCUUGAAUAUUGCAGUCUAUGAAGUAUAUUUUUGUAUAUUUGUAUUUAUGUUUGUUUCUUGUAGUGGGGAUUUUCACUAUGGGGAGUAAAGGUGUAAAUUACCUAGAUAACUCAGUAUGUCGGGUAGGUUAAAGAAAAACUACAACUCCCACCAUUGGACUACAACUCUCCUACCUGGCCUUCACAGGUGUGGUAAUCACUGUUGAUUGUCCUGAUGUGUUUGAACACAGUUAAGCUGAUUGCUACAUUUAUUGUCUGUAUGCCCUGAGGAUGGUCGUUUGACCGAAAGCUUGGUGAUUAAAUUUGCUUUAAGGA